GCAGCCACUCGGAGCCAGCGCCAGCCCGGGGGAAUCCAAAACAAACCCGUGGGGACGGGGCAGAAAAGCCGAACCGCGACGGGCUGCUCCCUCCCGAACGUGGAUCCAGCUCCCCGGACCGCUAUUUCCCGACGUUCCCAUUAGCCGGGACUUGGGAAGCCUUGUAGGGGAUCAGCCAGCGCCGGGAUGGAGGGGAACAAAGCCCUGAAGGUCCGGCUGACGUUCAGCAUCAUCCUGGUGGGGGUCUCGCUGCUUUUCGCGGCCGUGGUGACGGAUCACUGGGCUGUGCUCAGCCCCAGGGUGGAGAAGCACAAUGCCACCUGCGAGGCCGCUCACUUCGGGCUCUGGAGGCUCUGUACAAAGCGGAUUUUCAUGGAGGGGGAAGGUCCCAAAGAGAAGAGCUGCGGGCCCAUCAGCCUGCCAGGAGAACACAACUGCUCCUAUUUCAAGCACUUCACACCAGGCCAGAGCUCAGAGAUAUUUGAGGUGACCACCCAGAGAGAAUACAGCAUUUCAGCUGCAGCCAUUGCCAUCUUCAGCAUUGGCUUUGCCAUCAUCGGAACAAUCUGCGUCCUCUUAUCCUUUGGGAAGAAGAGGGAUUAUUUGCUGAAGCCUGCUUCCAUGUUCUACACCUUUGCAGGUCUCUGCAUCAUUAUCUCUGUUGAAGUCAUGAGACAAUCCGUGAAGAGGAUGAUUGACAGUGAGGAGACAGUCUGGAUUGAGUACAGCUACUCCUGGUCCUUCGCCUGUGCCUGCUCCUCCUUCGUCCUCCUCUUCAUCUUCGGCAUCGGGCUCCUCCUCAUCGCGCUGCCUCGCUUCCCCCAGAACCCCUGGGAGACCUGCAUGGAUGCAGAACCCGAGCACUGAUGGGCCAGCACCCAUGGAAGAAGCCAGAAUGUGUUUGGAAAAGAUUUGUUAUUUUUUAAAAUGUCUGGGUCUCGCUGUACUCCAUUACCUAAGGCAUUACUGAACCAAGGCAUGUUCACCUGACAUUAUUGCUUUGUUCUUUUUCUUUUUUUCUUUUAAGAACCCCAAAAGAACACUCAGCACCAGCCUGGGUCAUGGGAGACCCAGGAGUUCAGGGAGAGGGUUGGCAUCCAUCCUGGGUGAAUAAAUGCCUUAUACUGUCCUAUUAACAGCCACCCCUCCUGUUUUAUUCAGCAGUUAAAAUUAAAGGGAAAGAAAAACCCUACAUAAACAAUACCCAAAAAACUUUGCCUAGCACUGGGAUAAAAAUUCCUUCUUGCAGUUCUAUUCUUUUGAACUGAGCACGAAAAACCUGCAAGAUGCAGUUUCUCUGCUCUGCCAAGAGGUACUGAACAGUAAGAGUGACAUUUUACCUUUAAUAAAAAAGAGGAAUCUUC